CGAGUCUGUUGCUAAGGGGCGGGGCUGCGGCCUAGUUAUGUUGCUGCGCUGAAGAGAUCCUGAGUAAUCGGUGGUGAGCAGGAAUUCCUAAGAAUGAUUGAGAUAAUUUGCAACGAUCGUUUAGGAAAGAAAGUCCGAGUGAAGUGCAAUCCUGAUGAUAGCAUAAAAGACCUGAAGAAAUUGAUAGCUGCGCAGACUGGAACAAAAUGGGACAAGCUCGUCCUAAAGAAAUGGUAUACCAUCUUCAAGAAUCACGUUCAGUUGCAAGAUUAUGAGAUCCAUGAUGGAAUGAACCUGGAGCUGUACUACCAAUAAAAUAUAUCCCCCCGAGGAGGCCAAGCUUAUCACCAACCAUCAACACCAUUCACCUGAGAGAAACGACUUAUGACUUCACAAUGAAGCUUUGUGUUUGCUUUUCUGAUGAACAUUGAUCAUUGGUUUUUGCUUUAUUGACCUAUGUUCUCUUUUUUAACUUUAUAUUUCAGAACAGCUUUACUAUCAGGUUUCUUGUCCAUGCCCAGUCUGAGGUUUCUGAAUCCCAAAAUUAUAGAUGGGUAAAGUUGUUUUGUCUGUGCUUCCUCCUUCCUUGCUACGUGUAAUACUCAGUCUAGCAGUGAUGGUGCUUCCCACAGCUGAGGUGUAUCAUUACACAACACUUUCCACUCUAUUGUACUUGCAGAAUGCUGACAAUUUCUCUAGCAUGGAGAGCGAAAAGACUUGCAAGAGAUUGAAGUGCUCACUGGGUUAGGGAAGGGAUGGAUCUUGAUAGUUUAUUGAGGUUCAGUCUUUUGGGUUAAUCCUGUAGAGAUUGGAAACGAGCAUUUUAGUUUUCCUUUCCCUGAGGGUGUAUGCAAGAAAUUGUAUUAGCAGGAUGUUGGCAAGAGGGAAUGCUAACUCAACUUCAAAAUGCUUUUGUCCCUUGUGAACCGGGCAAUGUCAGAGAACCAUGUUAAUAUGCGCACUUAAUUUGGUUAAAUAGAAUUAAAAUCCAUUGAUUUGCCUCGCUGUGUCUCUGUUUCUCAGGGUGCACUUUUCACCCUGUGUAACCUGUACUUUGAUACCAGAUCUAUGCAUGGUGUUUAUUAGCUGUCCCAGAAGCCUGCAAGGACAGCUAAUGCUAAUAUCAGAUUAGCAUACCUUUUAUUUCUAGAUAAUGUACUUGUCUUUAAAUGGAUAAAAAUCACGCUCUUGA